AUGGCAGGGUUGACUCCACAGCAGUCUGAGGUCGCCAAAAUCUUCGAGAGCAUGAGUUACGGACCUGCGCCAGAGUCCGAUGCCCAGGCCCAGCAGUGGCUCGAUGCGCACAACAGAAAGCUUGGCCAUUUUGUCAACGGCGAAUGGUAUCACCCUGAGGGCCGUGACUACUACACAACCAAAAGCCCGAUGAACGAGCAAGUCUUGUGUGACACUAUCCAGGGAAAUGAAGAUGAUGUGAACAUUGCUGUUGCAGCUGCCAAAGAAGCACAGACUAAAUGGGCUGUCUUAGCACCACAUGUUCGUGCUCGCCAUCUCUAUGCCAUUGCACGCGCUGUUCAGAAGCAUUCCCGACUUAUUGCAGUCGUAGAAGCUCUCGACAACGGAAAGCCGAUUCGGGAGACACGAGACUGUGAUAUCCCCCUGGUUGCACGACACUUCUAUCACCACGCGGGCUGGGCACAGCUAAUGCCAGAAGAAAUGGAUGGCUGGAAACCCGUUGGAGUUGUUGGUGCUAUCGUCGCUCCUGCGCUAGCAAUGGGAAACACUGUUGUUCUCAAGCCAGCAACUUACACCAGACUAUCUGCCCUUCUCCUGGCUGAGAUUUGCGCUGAGGCAGGUCUUCCAAAAGGUGUCUUCAGUGUUGUUACUGGUAAAGGUAGCUUUGGAACGCUUCUUGCUAAACACCCAGAUGUGGACAAAGUUGCGUUCACUGGAAGUACUGGAAUAGGCCAAAUUCUCCGACGUGUUACCGCGGGAACCGGGAAAAAGCUAAGCUUGGAACUGGGAGGCAAAAGCCCUGUCAUCAUUUUCGACGACUGUGACUUAGAUAGCGCCAUUGAAGGGAUCGUUGAUGCGAUUUGGUUCAACCAAGGCCAAGUUUGCUCAGCCGGUUCGCGUCUCCUCAUUCAAGAGACUAUUUAUGAAAAGGCAAUCGCCAAGAUCAAGGAGCGUCUAUCCCACUUCCGCGUUGGGAACUCCCUCGACAAGGCUGUUGAUAUGGCUGCCCUUGUCGAUGCUUCUCAAUACAGAACAAUCGACGAAUACUGCCAAAGUGCCCUUGAAGAAGGAGGCGAGGUCUUCCAGCCCGACAUUGAACUUCCUUCUAAUGGAUUGUACUGGAAGCCAACGCUCAUUACAAACGUUUCAACUGCAGCUCGUGUAGUCCAAGAAGAAAUCUUUGGGCCUGUCGCUGUUGCCAUGCCAUUCAGGACUUCUAAAGAAGCUAUUAACCUUGGAAACAAUACGAACUACGGUCUAGGUUCCUCAGUUUGGUCAGAUUCGCUUCCGAAGGCCCUUGAAGUCGCAAUUAGCCUCAAAGCUGGCGCUGUUUGGGUAAAUUCACACAAUCUGUUUGAUGCUGCUGCAGGUUUUGGUGGCUACAAGGAGUCUGGCUUUGGUCGAGAUGGUGGCAAAGAAGGUCUCUACGAGUAUGCGAAGCCAAGUUGGCAACCCCGCCUCGCUGUUGAGUCUCCCGAGAUUGAUCUCAAAAAGUUUGGCGCUAGCUUUGGCGGCGAUAUCGCACCUGUCCCUGGAUCUGGUCAAAGCCAAACAAAACUAAUCCAAGGUGUUCCAUCGAUCGACAAGACUUACAAGUUCUUCUAUGGCGGUGCUCAAAAGCGACCCGACGGAAACUACUGCCGACCUAUUACCUCUUCUGAAGGUAAAAUUAUUGCUUACGUCGGAGAAGGAAACCGUAAGGAUGUUCGAAACGCCGUCGAAGUUGCGCGAAAAGCUGCCCCUGGAUGGGGUAAGCGUGCUGCUCAUAACCGAGCUCAGAUAGUCUACUACAUGGCUGAGAACCUUGAGCAACGACGAGCUGAGUUCGCCGCUAAACUCCAGGAGGCCACUGGACGAGAACUAGCUGAUUGUGAAAGCGAGGUUGAUCUUGCUAUUGCUCGUCUCUUUUACUGGGGCGCCUAUGCUGAUAAGUUCGGAGGCAACGUUCAGGAAACUAACCUCUACGGCGCAACUGUUUGCAUUCGAGAACCGGUCGGAGUUGUUGCAAUUGCUUGCCCAGAUGAGAAUCCUCUCUUAUCCUUUGUUUCUCUCUUCGCUCCAGCAAUUGUACGAUCUAAUGCUGUCGUCGUUGUUCCUUCAGAGAAAUUCCCCCUCUCCGCCUUGGACUUUUACCAAGUUUUCGAAACGUCCGACCUUCCUGGAGGCGUGGUAAAUAUCCUCACUGGUAGCCGCGAUCACUUGAUGAAGCACUUGGCUGAACAUCAAGACGUACAAGCUGCCUGGUAUUUCGGAUCUCUGGAGGGUUCAAAGUUCGUCGAACAUACUUCUGCCGAAAAUAUCAAGCGCACAUGGGUUAACUACGGUCGAACCAGAGACUGGGCCGACAACGCUCAGGGACAAGGACAUGAGUUCCUCUACCACUCCACCCAGUGCAAAAACAUCUGGCUCCCGAUGGGUAGUACAUUCGCCAACUAA